AUGGGUGAAAAACCUCCGGUACCUCGCGCUGAAUGUGACACACAGUCACUGACUGCCAGUGUGACCGAUUACCCUGUCGAGAAUGGCAGACGGUAUCACAGGUACCACGAGGGAGCCUACCUAUACCCCAAUGACGAACAGGAAUUGGAUCGUUUAGACAUGCAACACCAUAUGUUCAAGUUGGUUAUGGACGACAGAUUAUUCCAUGUGCCCCUCAAAAACCCGAAAAAGAUCCUCGAUAUUGGCACCGGCUCAGGGAUUUGGCCAAUAGAAAUGGCAUCCCUGUUUCCAAACACCGAGAUUACAGGGACAGAUCUGUCCCCCGUACAGCCAACAGAAGUUCCACCAAAUGUUCACUUCCUGGUUGAUGAUGCUACAGAAGAGGAAUGGUUAUGGGACGAGAACGACUUCGAUUUUAUUCACAUCGGCCACAUGACAGGGGCUAUGCCAUCAUUCAAACGUUUAUUACGACAAACAUUCAAGCACCUCAGACCGGGAGCCUACUUGGAAUGCCACGAGAUGGACCCCAAACCAAAAUGUGACGAUCAUACCAUGCCACCAGAAAACCAAGACGGGGGAUACAGCGCAUUCGCUAUGCAUGAUUGGUUCGACCUCAACAUGCGAUCGAGUCGCGAUGCAGAUCCACCAAGGCAGUUCCGAAUCGCGCAUCGAAUAGAACAGUGGAUGAAAGAUAUAGGGUUUGUUGACGUUGAACAAAGGGUAUCCAAAAUCCCUACCAACACUUGGCCACAAGACGAGAAGCUAAGAACCCUCGGCGCUUGGAGCGAAAGCAAUUGGCUCGAGGCUUUAGCGGGGUGGUCUUAUAAGCCAUUUCUCGCUCUUGGGUGGUCGAAAGCUGAGAUUGAAGUCUUCCUUGUCGAUGUGAGGAAAAGUAUACAGGAUCGAAGUGUCCAUGCCUAUAUGGACUAUUACGUGGUCACAGGAAGAAAGCCCCUUCCCGGUGAAGGGAACACCUCUUGA